CUCGAAUUUAUUUUCAUUCAUUCAUUACCCAUUUUUUAAUGUAAAAUGCUGAAAAAAAUUUCAAGAUCUUCUUCUUUAAAUAUAAUUAAUACUUCUAGGAUAAUAGCUAAUUUAUAUCAUAAAAAUGUAAUUGAUCAUUAUGAAAAUCCAAGAAAUGUGGGUUCACUUGAUAAAAGUGAAAAAAAUGUUGGGACAGGUUUAGUUGGAGCUCCAGCUUGUGGAGAUGUUAUGAAAUUACAAAUCAAAGUAGAUGAAAAUGGAAAAAUUGUUGAUGCAAAAUUUAAAACAUUUGGGUGUGGAUCAGCUAUAGCAUCAAGCUCUUUAGCCACAGAAUGGAUUAAAGGUAAAUCUGUUAAUGAAGCUGGAACAAUUAAAAAUUCUGAUAUUGCAAAAGAAUUAUGUCUUCCACCUGUGAAACUACAUUGCUCAAUGCUUGCGGAAGAUGCAAUAAGGGCAGCUUUACUGGACUACAAAAAGAAGCAAGAAAAGUGAAAUGUCAUCCAAAUUCAUUAUAUAGUUUUUACAACAUAAUUUAUAAAAUAAUAUAUACUUCAUAUAUAAUGUUAUCAUUUAAAGAUUAUUUUCAUUUUUUAACACAUGUUUCUCUAAAGUUAAAAUUAACUUAUUUACAUUUACAGAUGAAAAGUUUGAACUUUCAGGCACCUUUAUUAUUUAUUGAUAUAAAUAUAACGUAAUAUAAAUUAUUGUAAAUUUACAUUCGAUAUAUUUUUGAAAAUUUUACUGUACUUGAUAGAAUUUUAAAUAAAAUAUUUUUUAUUA